AUGAACAAAACUGUCCAACUGACUCCAACCAUAAAGUUUGCGCCCUGGCACGCGGGACGCACGGUGCUUCGCUGGCGAUCGAGGACGACUCAACUGCGAGGUCCGCCUCGUACCAGCUUCAUAUAUGGUGUUUCGCAAUACCUUGCCUCAUCUCAAGAUAGUGCUGCAAUGUAUGAAUGUUGGGCGACGGAAUAUAGCCUGAGGGACCAGGGUAGCACUGAAAAUUUGCUAUGCAACCCAAGAGCUAUAGCGCAUUUCUGUGCCCGAGAGACCGCCAUCAUCUUCCCUCGUCUGUUUUAUAUUUCUUGUCGGAUCGGAAGAGGGCUGUUAUGGCCUCAGGGCGGGACCCACAGGAGGCAGCGGAAGGCACUUGCACCAGCAUUCAGCAAUGCAGGGAUUCGGAAAUUCAUACCAGUAUUUUACGACUCAGCAUACAAUGCCAAAGGUAUAUGGGACAUUGCAAUAGAAUCGAGCAAAGAUGGAAAUGCUGCCAUCGAGGUUCAGAAUUAUCUAGACGCGGUUGGCAUUGCUGGUUUCUUCCAUGAUUCUGGUUCGCUCGAUUGGAAGCGCACCAGCCUGACCGAGGUGUUCGAUACUUUCGGAAGCAACCAACGGGCUUCAGCAGUGAACCAGGUUUUUAUCCUGCUCGCAUCAGCAUUUCCUAUCAUCACCAAGAUCCAUACUCGGCAGAUGAAUCACCGCCGGAAGAAGGGUGAGAAGUCCAUUGUUGGAUCGUUGAUUAAAUCUGAAGGUCCGGAUGCCGAGCUUCAUAUGUCGAAGCACGUAGUGGGCUCAGGUCUGUGGAGACUUCUCGCAGGUUAUGAGACGACAUCCAAGCGAAUGCUGAUCGAACUAUCGCGACGCUCUGAUAAACUGCUUGCGUUUGGCGUUGAUCCGACAUAUGACCAAUUAAAGGCUGACCUCCCAUACUUGCAUGCGGUUGUCCAUGAAAUUCUACAAUUCCAUCCUCUAGUGUUGGAAUUCACUCGUCUCGUGACGGCAGAUGAUGUCAUUCCUUUGAGCGAACCUGGUGCGCACAGUGUCCGGGAAAAAUCACAGACAACGGUAUCGGUGAGGCAUCCGCUGACAUUAAUCGUUGACGACCCGAGGACGUGUCUUGGAAAAGAUUUUGCGAUCGUGGAAUUCAAGAUGGUUCUAUCGGUUCUGGUAAAGAACUUCGUAUUUGAGAUGCGGGAUGGACUGGAUAUUUCAGUCGAAAUUGCAAGGGGAGAUUUACCCCGUCCACAAGUUGUUGGAGAGGAUAGUAUUAGGGUACCUCUGAGAGUUCGUUGGCACGAAUGA